AAUCCAGCGCAUGCCGGCAUAAAUUGCGGAAAUCUUUUUUCCGUUUCUAGUUCUUAAUACAUCUUGUUAAGUGUUUUGCUUUUUAGAAAAUAUCUGCAACGAUGGCUGGUCGCGGACGUGGCAAACCAGCGGUAACCCUGACUCAGGAGCAGCUCCAAUCGAUGGGGGUAACUCGAACCGAAAUGCAGAACGUUUCUGCUGCGGCUCCACCCCCGUUGUAUCCUAUUCUUCAAUCAAAACCGGUUCCACUUGAGUCUAACCCGGACCGCGAUUACAAAAUCCUUUGGAAGGAAGAUUUUAUUUCAUACCUUCGAGAAUCGCCGUACUACACGACGACAAAGUGCUCGAAGGGUCCAGUUGAAAGAUACACCGAUAAAGUCAUUAACGUUUUAGAAAACGAUCCAAAACGGAAACAAGACGGGGACUUUAUUUGGAGUAUGCUCCCAGCUGAACUGAAGCCGUCAUUCAAGCGCAGUAAGGGUGGAGCGACGAAUGGGGAAAGUAAGGGUUCGAAACGGUCUAAAACGGUGGACAUCAAUGCCAAAUUGAGUGCACUAGAGAAGAAGGAAACUUUCAGUGAUGAAACGGAAGUGAAGAAGGAGAAAGCCAACGAUUCUGACGAAGAGAACGAGGAUGAUGAACAGGAAGAGGAUAUGGUCGAUGAGGAGAUGGACGACGAAAACGAUUAUGGCAACAACUAUUUUGACAAUGGUGAGGCAUACAACGAAGAGGAUGACAAUCUGGAUGAUGGACCGGUGUAUUGAAAGUAAUUUAGUCGCUUUAAUAGUUACUAUUUAUUUAGCAUCGCAUUAACUUUAUCAUAUACAAUUCUAUUACUAAAUAGUAAGCAAAAUGAUUGAUAGACUUUGCGUUUGCUGUCUCUAUUCUCGUUGAAUUUUCUACAACAGUUUUGUAAGCACUAUAUCUUAUAAAGUGGGUGUGUAAAUAUAACAAUAUAAUAAUAAUAUUAGCAAGGUGCAACAAAAUAUGUUUUGAGUGAACAGUCACUAAAAAAAGGACCCGAUGGGCUGGACAUAAAUUUGGAAUAAUUUGUUUCGAUAUUAGGCUGUUGUCCAAACUAAAACCUUAUAUGAUGAGUAAAAUCAACAGUAUCAUUGGUGAUCACUAAGCUCAAAUUGCGCUACAAAUCAAGCAACUAAUGCGAUCGCGCAAUCUCGGAGAAGAAGUCCAAAAUGUCUUUGAUCGUAAAGUCCAGCGUAAUCAUUGCCCCGGCGUAACAUCGUUGGAUCCACAGCUCUAGCGAAUUGUACUGGGCGAUAAAUUCUUCCUGCAUGGCGCGCCAAACCACUUGCAGCAGAUUUUCCUCGUCGCACAAAUGCUUCUCGACCUUUUUGUAGAGCUGUUCCAAACCUUUCUUCACCUCUCGGGCUGGAUAUUGAGCGAUAACCUUUCGUAGUUCCUGCUUAGAGUACGCCAUCUGGUAGCUGAUUUCGGUUUCCUUCACGCCUUGUUGCACUUUUUGUUGAACUCCCUCGAAGAAUUGCUGGAAUAUAAGAUAUAUUAUUAAAGGGUUGAAAAAGAAAAAUAAUUUGAGGCUACAAACAUUCAACUUCUCCAAAGGUCUUCCGAAAUACUUGGUGACGUAUGCCUUCAGCGCAUCGUUGUACCUAACUUUGGCAUCCUUCUUCAACUGUUCCAGCACGCCCACCUUGAGCUGCGACAAUAGCGAAUGCAUUCGAUGGUAGUUUUCCAUCUUGACCACCUGUUGUGGAGUUUUCGCAUGUUCCAUAGCGUGGGCCGGAAUGUACUCGAAGAUGGAAGACACCAGUUUGAGGUACCACUUGUCCAGAUCGUUUCGCCGUUCGGUUUUUUUGAAAAUUGCUUCGGCAGUAACAGCAAACUCUUCGAAAUUUUCCACAUAGGGCAGCAGACCACACUUGGACCGUUUCGGAACUUUGGCCUCUUGAAUCGAUUGCAGCUGGAGGUUCAUAAACUUGUCGAAAUUUCGCUUAACGUGAACUAGCGCCGAAGCAAAGGUCAUACUGAGAAAAGAUUGAGCAUCCUGAGCCGACAUUACGUGUUGCGUGAGACGAACAAGAACGUAUAAGGAAUAACUGAAAAAUAUUAAACUGUUAUAAAAUUGUCAAAACAAGAUCCGAAUUCAGAAACUUACUAACUGUCCAACUUUUCAUAACUCAGAAUAAAGCUGUUAAGUUCCUGUUCCAGAUUGCUGAACAACUCCCCCAUCAUUCGUCGAACUUCUUCGUUAAUUUGUCGAUCCAAGCGUUUUUGGGGAAUCGCCAGUGCCGUGUCCCUUUCAUCACGUUCUGGAACAUUCGAAGCCAUCUCGAGCGUUGUCUGAGUAUUUUUGCCCGUCGGACUGAUCACAUCGAGUUGGAAGAAGGCAAUACAGAAGUGCUGCUCGCUCAAUGCCACCGGUUCCAGUUCAGCCAAGACUUUUUCCAAAAUGGAAUCAAACAUUUGGCGCUCGGAAGGUUCCGCUCCUUGUCCCCAUUGAUCCCGAUUGAUUCCAAUUAUUCCGUAAGGUUGAGGCGAAGGUUUGCUACUUUGUUGGCCCAAUUUCAACUUAUUGCUCAUCGAGCUGCUGUUUAAAUCUUCCCUGGAACCAAAUCGCUUAACAGAUAUUGAUUGCUUGGCCAUAUCGAAAAAGUUUCGUAUAUCUCGAUCGUAAACUUUACUCAACGAGCUGGUGUACACUU